AUGGCUGAUAAUAAAUUUUUACCGAGAUUAUCACAAAAUUUACUCGAAAUUUUGGAUGAUAAAGAAUAUUAUGAUAUUACAAUUGAAGUUGGUAGUGACACUUAUGUGAAAGUAUUUCAUGCCCAUAUGGUUAUUUUGAAUUAUCGUUCUCCUUAUUUGCGUAGAAUUUUAUCAACUAACAAAAAGAAAAAUGAUGGAAUAUUGACACAUAUUAAAUUACCAAAUGUUUCACCUGAUUUUUUUCAUGUAUUAUUAAGAUAUGUUUAUGGGGGAAGACUUUCUUUAGAAGAAUAUGAUAUUUCAGAUAUCAUUAAAAUCUUGGUUACUGCUAAUGAACUUAGCCUUCAAGAGUUAACUCCUUAUAUAGAAUCUUUUUUAAUUAAAUAUAAAACAAACUGGUUGGAACAAAAUUUUGAAUUAAUAUAUCAAACAAGUUUCGAAACCGAUUCUUUUCCAGAACUUCGAAAAUAUUGUACUAAUUUAAUUUCUAAAGAACCAGACAAGAUAUUUAAUUCUCCAAAUUUUUCUUCAAUUCCAGAAAGACUUUUAAUCACACUCAUCCAAAAAGAUGAACUUCAAAUGAAAGAAAUUCAAGUAUGGGAGCAUGUAAUUAAAUGGGGACUCGCUCAAAACCCGGAACUCCCUUCUGAUCCUACAAGCUUUUCAAAAGAUGAUUUCAAUACUUUAAAACAUACUUUACAUCAUUGUAUUCCUUUUAUUAGAUUUCGCAAUAUAACUUCGAGGGAAUUUUUGAAGAAAGUAAAAUCUUAUAAAAAAAUUUUACCAAAGGAAUUAUAUAAUGAUUUAUUAGAAUAUUUUUUGGAUAAUGACAGCGAGGAAUCAUUACCUCGUAUAUCUAUUUUAAAACAAAAAUCUACAUUGGAUAUUUCUAGAGUUACAAAUAGUGAUAAGGAGUCGCAAGAAAAUGUGCCAACAGAGCGAUUAAUGGGAUAUGAUAAUAUUUUAUUAAAUAAACAGAAAGUUUUAACUAACAGUAUUAAAAAUAUUGAUUCUAAGAUAAUUACAUUCCAACAUACUGAAAUAAUUUCAAAAUGGAUUGAUAGAUUAGAAAUUACAGACAAAUUAACAAAUUUAUAUGAAUUCAAAUUAUUAUAUCGUCAUUCUCGUGAUAGGUCUAGUGGAAUUUUGAACAGGUUUAAAAAGUUCCAUGAAAUUUGUGUAAAUCAACCUCAUACUGUAACAUUUGCUAAAGUUGAAGGUAGUAACGAAAUUCUUGGAGGAUAUAAUCCGAUUGGAUGGGAAUUUGGUAGUGGUUAUGAUGUUACUAAGGAUAGCUUUAUAUUCUCCUUUAAUAAUUAUUAUAGUGUUGAAAAUUACAUUUUAAGUCGCGUAAAGAAUGAAAAGGAAGCUAUAAGUAAGAUUUCCUCUUUAAAUCAAGGUCCAUCAUUUGGUGGUGACUUUACCUUAUUCCGAAGUUUUGGGAAUAAAUUAGAAUUCUAUUGUAAAAAUACAAAUUAUGAAAAACCGAUCAGUAAAAUUAGUAGUGGAUCAACCAUUUUAGAAUUUGAAUUAUUUAAAAUUGAUAUUUAAAUAGAGAGUAAAAUGUUUUGUUGAUUUUUUGUCAUAGAUAGAAAAAAUUCCGAAUAUUUUAUAGUAAAAAAUAAAAAAUGUUUUAUGACAUCCUGAUAGAUAAUUAGAUAAUUUGUUUUGAGGUUGGCCAUUGUACUGAAUUUCAAAUUAUGUAAAAUUUUGGGAAAAUAAGUUUUACGAGGAAUUGCAUCCUAUAUAAAUUACAGUGCUUUAUUAUUCGUAUUGACUUAUAAUAAACUAUAUAUUCAUAUCUAUUUUCAAUAAUUAAAUUAUUUUAUACGUAUUAAUUAGAGUUUCUAUUUCCUAGCUUCUCC